AUGUCUAGCCAGUCUAACAACAACAACAACAAUAACAACAAUAAUAGCAACAACAAGAAUACAGUAACACCAACAUCAACAGGUAGAAAGUUAUCAAUGACAAACAGUUAUGGAUUGACAGCAGCAGAAGCCAAACAAAAGUCACGUGACAUCGACAGAACGAUCAAACAAGAGUCACGUGACUCUGUGCUGAAGCUAUUGCUACUGGGUGCAUCAGACUCUGGCAAGUCGACACUCUUCAAGCAGAUGAAGAUCAUUCAGGAGAAUGGUGGAUUCACUCGUGAGGAGCUCGCAGAGAAUCGUGUGCUCAUCUAUGAAAACAUUGUAAGUCAGAUGAACCUGCUUCUCGAGGCGAUGUACAACGAUCGUGGAUCGACCUACGACGGCAGCACUGACGACCUCAUGUACUUUGAAGAUCCCAUGAAUUUCGAACGUGCAGUACGUGUCAAACACGCGCAUGACCUGCUUCAAACCGGUCAGACACUCACCGCAUGGCCAAUAAUCAUCACCGACAUCAAGAUGCUCUGGCAAUCCAACGAAAUUCAACAUCAAUACAACAUCAGAGAGAAUGGAAUAACCAACAGUUAUCAAUUAAAUGAUUCUGCACCAUAUUUCCUUAAUAAUUUAGAUGCCUAUUCAACCGAAACAUUCAUACCAACCGAACAAGAUAUAUUGAGAAUAAGAACUAAAACUACGAGUGUAACAGAAGCAGAUUAUGUUUUUAGAGGUUUAAGAUUCAAGAUGGUUGAUGUAGGUGGACAGAAAAGUUAUCGUAGAAAAUGGAUACAUUGUUUCGACAAUGUCUCCGCUGUAUUAUUUGUAGCAUCAUUGAAUUCGUAUGACCAGGUGUUGGAAGAGGACGGACAGACCAAUCGUCUCGAAGAUUCGCUGUCACUGUUUGGCGAGAUUUCCAACUCUCAGUGGUUCGCCAAGAGUGCCAUGGUCCUGUUCCUCAACAAGACCGACCUCUUCAAGGAGAAAGUAAAGCGUGUACCACUCUCAAAGUACAGUCCUGGCUACACCGGUCCCAACUCUGCCAAGCCUGCCGCAACCUAUCUCUCUGGACUCUUCUCCAGUCAGAUCAAAAACAAAAAACCACUCUAUCUCCAUCUCACCUGUGCCAUCGAUACCACAAAUACCAAAAAAGUUGAUGUAUUAAUGAAGUUUGCAACUACUCAGCUACAAGUUUCAGCAGUACAUGUGAAAACAGGAAAUCAGAUCUCAGCGGAGUUUGACUUUGUCAUUGAUGAAGCUGAAUCUAUUAGAAGAAAGAAGUAUAAAGAUAUAGUUGAGCAUGAAAUCAAAACAUACCAAUUAAAUAAUAUCAAUUAA